GAGAUAACAGGCUGAACAACAUUCUUAAAACUUAGACUGCUAUCAGAACAGUCAGACUCCAAUCACACAGUCUAGGAUUAAGAACAUUUUACGCUGAUAUUGUGUUUAAAAAGAGGAAAAGAAAAGGCUGUAUAUGGACAAUGUAUUACUCACACACUGAGCUUGGUGUUGCUCCUGAAAUUACAACAUCAUGGUUUUCUUUCUCCUUGUUGUCUUUGGGCUUCUGUCCUUCACUUCAAGCCAAAUAUCUCACCAGUAUCACGUCAUAAAUGUCAGAAAGAACUGGACUGAGGCUCAGAGAUUCUGCCGUGAGAUGUACACUGACCUGGCACCUGUGAAUAAUGAAGAUGAGAUGAACAGUUUGUUCAAAACCAUAACUGACAAUUCAUAUGAUGUGUAUAUUGGACUUUAUAGAGGUCAAGUGUUCAGAUGGCGUUGGACCCUGCCAGACAGUUUGAACAAUGAAAAGACAUUCCAAAACUGGAAAAAUAAUGAACCAGAUGAAAAUAAUAAUGUGGCCUGUGCUGCAAUGGACAACAAUGGGAAAUGGUUUAGUGACAGCUGUAACACACAAAAGCAGUUUGUGUGCUUUAAUGCCAAUAAAACAUAUGUCCUGAUUGAGAGGAGCAAAUCCUGGAGGGAUGCCCAAGAAUACUGCACAACUUUUCACACAGAUCUAGUCAAUAUCAGAACCAACUCAGAAAAUAAAGAUAUCAAGGACAUAGCAAAAAAUGAUGUAUGGAUUGGACUAUUUAAAGACUCUUGGUCUUGGUCGGAUCAGAGCAACUCUUCUUUCCGUUUCUGGAAUUCAAGUCAGUUAAGUAACAACAGAAGAGACCGUGACUGUGUUACAGUGAUGGUGAACCAAACAGGGAAAUGGAAUGAUGUUUAUUGCAACACCACUCAACCCUUCAUAUGUUAUGGUGAUCUGAAGUCUCAAUCAACCACUAAAGCAGCUACUCCUAUACCAGCAACAACUAAUACUGAAGGGGGAAAUACAAGCACACAAUCAACACAAACACUCACUACAGGUCCAGAGCAAGCUACUCCUAGACCAGCAACAACUAGUACUGAGGGGGGAAAUACAAGCACACAACCAACACAAACACUCACUACAGGUCCAGAGCAAGAUAACCUGAUUCUGGUCCGUGAGAACCUGACGUGGUCCGAAGCUCUGACUUACUGCAGAAAGCACCACAUAGACCUGGUCUCCAUUCACAGUGGGGAGCUUCAGAACAGGGCAGCGAGAAAAGCCAUCCAGGCUUCGACUUCUUAUGUGUGGCUGGGUCUUCGUUACACCUGCAAAUUUAACUUCUGGUUCUGGAUAAAGAACAGAGAAACAGGCUGCUAUCAGAACUGGGCUUCUGGUCACGGGCCACAUGGUUAUGAAGAGUGUGGGCUGUCAGGAGCUAUGGAGUCCACUGGGAGGCACCGUUGGGUUGGGAAACCAGAGAGCGAAAGACUCAAUUUCAUCUGCCAAAUAUGUACUAAUGCAUUUUAACCAUAAAGAAUGAUGGAAAACUGUUAAGAUGCAGUCAGAGAGAAACUGCUUGUCGUGCACUUUUAUUUGAUCCUAUACGUUUUAAAGGAUACUGGAAGAUUUACAUGUUAUUCCACGAAAUCCAACAAAAUAAACUGUUAGCAUCAAAACACACUGAUGUUACAUUUUUCAUCUGGGUUUUUAAUUCAUGUAUAUUAUUAUUAUUUCUUCUUUGUUUGGCUUUAAUUUAAAGUUACAACAGAAUAGUGUGCCUAUUAUUAUAACUGUUGAAUAGUACCAGCAAUUAUGUGAUCUGUAUCUGAACACGUCUGAUUAAAGCUCUUUCAUAUCCUUUCA